AUGAUGACAAUAUUAUUUAUCAAAUGUCCCACGAUUAUUUUGAAGUGCUUUACAAGAAAUUGAUUCAGGAAUUUGUCCAGGUUUACUUCAGAUAUUCAAUGUCACCUAGGCGACAAGUCUCUUUUCCCAGGACUGUGUUCAAGGAUGGGACACAAUAAGUAGUUAGAAAUACUGGAGACUACUUAGGACAGAUGUAUGUUCUUUAUCUCAUCCCAGUGCUAAAACCCACAUGUGACUAGUGUUAGCCUUGCCCCUCUCCACUUAGUAGCUCUCAGUCUCUGUUUAUUCUUCCAUUUUCCCUUUUUUCUUGUCUUUUUUUCAGUUAUCGUAUACUGUACAUAUAAUAUGUACUAAGCAUGAGAGACAUUUUAACCUUUUUCCCAUUCAUCUACCCUGUACUAAAUGCCCAACCAAAUGCCGUAGCUUGCUAAUAUUUUUAAACUGAAAAGAGAAAUAAAAUAAGAGAGAAUCAUAGGCAUCUAACCCCUUCUGAUUCUGGGUCUCCUGGCUCCUAUUAUAAGCUAGAGUGGGAAUGUGGCAAGGACCUCUAGGAAAUGCGAAAGCACAGGGACUUAGGUAUUGAGGUCGAAUGUGUGGCAAGGGGACAAGGUUUGAGCAGCCAGUACAAGUGGACAAAUAUUUGCAGAGAUUACGUCUCUUACUGAUCAUAGGAGAAAGCAAUUAACUUUUCUUUGUGGGACAGAGAAGUGGGCAGAACUUCAGGAGCAGGAUCGAGGAACUACCAAGCCUAUUGAGGCAGUCUCCCUUCUCACCUAGACUGUGUGGGCACUCUGUUCCAGAUAUGCGUGGCCUCAGACUCAUGAUACCAGUUGAGCUGCUCGUUUGCUACCUCCUGCUAGGCCCUGCUCAUGCUGCUCCACAUGGAAACCAGACAAAUGUCCUGAGGCUCCUUCCCUCAGCCUCGGGAUCCUGGCCAUCUUCCUCAGACCCUUUGUCCUGCCAGACCCUGCUCCCAAAGUCCCUGCCUGGCUUCACCCACAUGGCCCCUCUACCCAAGUUCCUCAUAGGCCUCUCACUGAUGAUCGCCUUGGAGGAAGCUGGUUGCCAGGCUGAUGUACGGGCCCUGCAGCUUCAGCUCGUCCGCGAGGGCGGUGUAAACGCUACACAGAUCCUCAUCAGACAUCUUCAAGGGCUGGAGAAAGGAAGAAGCACAGGGAGGGCGGUGUCAGCGGAUGCCCUGGUCUCUGCUCUGCAGCUGUUGGCCAGGGAGCAGCCAGGCCAAGAGAGGGCCCGGCGCUCCCUCCCCAACAAGGACUGUGAACACGAGCAGGAGCAAAGUGUGCACAAUAUAGUUCAGCUGUUGCCAGGAGUUGGAACCUUCUACAACCUGGGCACAGCUUUGUAUUACGCUGCUCAGAACUGCUCCGACAAGGCCAAGGAACGAGGUCAAGAUGGGGUCAUAGAUCUGGGUUAUGACCUUCUAACGACCAUGGCUGGACUGUCAGGAGGGCCCACAGGACUAGCGAUCAGUGCUGCACUUAAACCUGCAGUGAAGGCCGGAGUUCAACGCUUGAUCCAGUAUUACAAUGAAAAACAGGCAAACACUCCUUUGCCAGAGACCAGCGAGGAGCGCUUGAGGGGCACCUCAGGUGUGGGUGACCUGGAAGAAACAACUACCAUGACCCCUUUGGUGUCAGAAGUAGUAACUCCAACUCCUUACUGGGGGUGGGCUGUACAUACAACAAGCAGUGGUUUAAGACUCUGGGAUGCGAGUCUUGGGAUGUAAAAGAAGGUAGUAAACACAGAGUGAAUAAAUCUAAUAUUCUGACAAGCUGUAUGUGGUUGUUCAAAAAUCCAAAUCUCUGAUUUGUUAUCAAGGAGGAAGGCAGUGCUGGAAAAUGUAGGAAUUUUAAAGUUUGGGGUUUGGAGUCAGAGGAUUUGGUUUUGAAUCUAUGCUUCACUUGUUAGAACCUCAAUGAUCACUGACUAAUAACUUCUUUCUCUAAGCUCAGUUUUUUAAAUUUCUAAAGUGAGGAUAAUGAUUUUCACUUCAAUGGGUUUUGUGAAAAUUAAAAACGACGGAAUGAACCUAAAAUGCUUCGCAU